GACUGCAAACGGUGCAUACACGUGAGUUUGAGCACAGUAAUCAGCUGAUUGUCAAAUUCAAGAGAUCUUUGCGUCGUAAAUGUUGAGCAGUUGAGUGCUAAUUCAGGUAAUCGUUUGGUUGCGAAACGAGAUGCAUGCUCGUAAGUUCUUUCUGGUCGACUCUCACGGCAUAGAACUUGUACUCAUUGCACCGCUUUCAUCAAGAUAGCCCUCACGGGAAUCUAUAAAGACCAACGAGUCGCACACAUUUUUUCAAGAGACUGCAAUAAACUCUAUCAGAGCAAAAUCUCCUCACAUCUUUCACACACUAUCUAACUUGAUAUCCAAAAUGCUUUUCAGCAAGCCAACGAUUACAGCCAUUGGUCUCUCUCUCCUCCCGGCCAGCCUGGCACAACUUUCGGAGCUUUCAGUCUUUCCUCCAGGUGGACCUGGAACGAUUCUGGUCACCUUAAACGGUCAAGGCGCUUCUACCGGCUGUCUUAAUGAUCAAGGUCUAUGGACUCUUAAAGACGCCUGCGCUAUCUUUCAAGGUAACGGUCAAGGUGGGCUUGGAUCGGAUCUAGGAUAUAUCAUCCUCGAUUCUAGCUCCAGCAUAGUCACAACGACUGGUACUUGGAGCACUGCGUGGGUCGGAACACAUGUUAAUCAAGGCAGAGAUGCUGCUUGGCUCCAAGCACAGAUUGGAACAACCGGAGACGCGCCGUGGGGAGGGCCUUUGUGGUACACUAAUGCACAGCCCGACGAUACAACCAAUGUGGCGCUCAAUGGUCACGCGAUUGCCAGCUCUGUUCAGGUUACAUUGAGCUUCAAUUCCACUUUCGUUGCCUCUUAGAGUUCGAAGUGGCUGGAUGUUUCUGUAGUACAUGGGCAGUAAAAUGAGGAAGGUGCGGUGAAUGUGAGAGAGUAUUGGAAGACUCUCAAAGAUGGACACACUUCCAUUUAUAGGAUGAAUCCUCAUGUCAAGUAUCCUCAUGAAGAGGACCCACGGUUUCUUCCUUAUUUCUCUUCCGUAUAUACAUAUGAAUGAUGUGCAUUUGAAUCAGUAGGCUGCA